AUGAGUUACGAAGAAAUUGAUCGAUCAGUCUAUGGUAAAGAUGUUUUUACUAAUGGUGCCGAAGGUCGUUAUGCUAAACCUAAGCCUACAUCGACAAAUGAUGCAUCAGAAAUUUCAAUAAAAACCAGUACAACAAAAAAACGAGCACCAAAAGCUACUACCAUAUCAACAACAGAUAAUCCAACUGAAGAACCAUAUGAAAAUGAAUAUAAUGAUGAAGUAGUUAAAACCAAAAAGAAAACACGUAAAGUUCAUGAAAAUGGUGAAACACACAAUGAGAAUGAGAUUUCUCAAAUUAAUUCGACUAUUGAUGGUGAAAUUAUUGUUAAAUCGAAGAAAAAACGAGCAUCAAAAAUCGAUUUAAAUAAUGAAAAUAUUGAUUCAAUACUAAUACCAACAACAGCAACAACAACAAUAGAAAAACCUGUGAAAAAGAAAAAAUCCAAAGCACCAAAAUCAAUAUCAUUGGAAGAAGAUUUUCAAAUGUUGGAUAAUUCACUUAUGGAUGAAUUAGAUGAAGCCGCAACAGAAAAAAAAGUUAAAAAGACAAAAAAACAUAGAACAUCUAAAAAAUCAGCAGAACCUACAGAGUAUGUAUUUAUUUAA